AACAACUGCAUUGUUAUUUGGGUGCUUUUCAGAAAAAAACUUUGCAUGGGACAAAAAAUAUGGUUCGUGAUGGUGAAGCAUGUCAAAAGCCGAAAAAUGCAUCGCCUACUGUCACCCGCUUCUUCAAAAUCAUGGUUCACGACGACUAUUUAAACGUUUUGUACUUGACUCCUGAUUUUGUUCAAAAAGAGCCAAAUGUGAUUGAUAAACCAAGUUAUCUGGAGGACUCAACCAGGCAACUUUGGCCAGUAACGGUAUCGAUUGUUGAUGGUUACCCGGCCAUCCAGAAUGGAUGGCAUAAAUUCGCGGUGGACCAUCUUCUGGAAGUUGGAUCACUUCUGAUAUUCUCUUACACCAGGGGUCGUCACUUUGUCGUCCGCAUAUAUGGAAGAAGUGGGUGUGAAAGAUUGAAAUUUAAGCCCGGAUCAAGUGCUUUAGUUGCAUCUGGGUCAGAAUUUCAGCAUGAUCAAAGCCUUUCAAAAGGUCGAGGGAAGAAGGGACAGACUGGGGAAAAGAUAAGACUGGGAAAAAGGUCAAGGGAAGAAAAAGAUGUAACAAUUACUGCUAAUGAACCAUUUCGAACACUUAAAAAAAAUCCAAGGGGUAAGCCAAGAUCAACCAUUUUAGUUGCAUCUGCAUCAGAAUAUCAGCACGAUCAAAUGGUUGCAACACCACCAGCUGCUUCAAAUUAUGGAAGUCACUUUGGAAAUUGGCAUCUUCCUCCCCCAACUAUAAUCAUGGAUGAUCCAGUUCUUAUGCUCAACAGUUGCACUGGAUACAAUCAAGGAGAAGAUAGAGCCUAUUUAAAAGACUUGUCAACCUUCGAGAUGGGGAGAAACGAAUCCGAUCCCAAUAAAAGUAAGAUAUCUUCUCGAGGUGAAGAAACAGUUCCUGAUAGGACCGAAUCAGUCGUUAAUAAAAUUCAAAUGGCCAAGAACGAGAAAGAUCAUAUUAUUGACCAUUAUAAUGAUGUUUCUAGCGCUUUUCCAGCAGAGUCUGCUGCAAAUAGAAAAAUGAGUAAGGACACGCCAAGUGACGAGAGAAACAAUGCAGUUCAAGGCAACGGUUGGAUUCUUUCAUCUGACAAUGAAGCUCCAUCAUUAGGCGGUGGUCAGAAAGCUGGAAGCGAGGGUGCUGUGGUUCCCAAGUAUAAUGAAAAUCCAUCAGGAAAAGAGCAAAAUAUGGCAACUGAAUGUGCUCCAAUGCCUCUGCAACCUGUGAAAGAUAUCAAGAGCACUGUAAAAACAGAACCUGCUACUCAAUCUUACCGGGACUUGUCGAUAUCUAAUCCACCAACUGAAGGAAAAGAGAAGGGAAGGGACAAGCAGCUUAUCUUCCUUAGAGAUGCAGUUGGCAGACUCUGGCCCGUUACGUGCUAUUCUGACACAUUGGGUGUUACGAAAUUUUUAGAUGGAUGGAAACAAUUUUGCAAGGAAAACAAUAUUCAGGCAGGUAAUAUAUGUGACCUUAAAUGUGAAAAUAGCGUUCAGCGCAUCUACACCGUCAUAUGAGUUGGCUAAACAAAUAAAUUGCUUAAGAGCAGGCAAAUGGAGAAGAUUCUGUCUUUCUUGCAGAUAUUAUAUGUAUCUACUCAUUUAUAGUGUCAAUUUUACAUCACAAACUGACGUUGACGGAUUUUCCAUGUACUUAUUUAAGA